UAUUCGUGGCCCUUCCAAAAGGGGAGAUUCUUAAGGAGGAGAACAUCCAGGAUAUAACUAUUUACGAUCUCUAUAAGACUGAAAGACGAGGACAUAGUAUAUGUAAGCGAGUGAGAAAGGAAAUGUCGUCAGAAGAACCCGUAACCGAUGAUGCUAUAAACAAGGCUAUUGAAAGUUUAGUAAAAGAAAAAGUGGUAUAACCACAACGAGGGGUUUUAUUCAUCGAUCAGGUGGACAGCUUGGACGAAGAUACCCUUUCCUUCAUUAGCAAGGUCAUGAAGGAAUCAGAGAAUGUCUUUCCAGUAUUAAUGUUCUCCACGGAGAAGGAUAUAAGUGAACUUAGUUUAACUGGCAUGCCCAAGAACAUAUUGGAACAUAUGGUUAUUGUACAUACUCAAGCAUGUGGGCUGCCAGAAAAUUCGAUAAAGGAAUUAGAACCAAGGACUCUGUGUACUGUUCCUGCAUUAGAAAAGGAGGUUAAGUUUAUAGAUGCCUUCCAACUUGUAAACGCAUAUUUCUGUGCUGGUGCAAUAGCAAGUAUAGUUCUUGCUGCUGCAAACUCGGACACUCCACCACAUACAUUUGGCUUUCUGAUCGGUGCGUUUGUAUGUUGCAAUUCAUCUUUGCUUCAUUAUCUACGUGUGGCUUUCGACUUACAAAGUUCAAUUAAAGAAGCCAAAGACUCUAAGUCUACCAAGGAGAUCUGGAUAGACAGAUCAAAGGUGAAGGUGCUUAGACGGCAGGUCUUCUUGGGCUUUUUUGCCGGAACUUGGGGUGUUGGAUGGGUCAUAGCAUCUCUGAUAGCAUAUAUUUUAAGAAAAUUUAAUAAUCCGACUUGGAUGUUUGUUGCAUUGUUGGUUGUACUUGGUGGUAGCUAUGUAUGGUUUGUGAAAAAAAUAUGGAAGCAACUAACAGCUAUGUGGUGCUGUGAGGAACAAAGAACACUUUGAGAAUUGAAUGCGAAGUCUAUAUUUCCAGCAGCAGUAGAUAAUGCCAGCGGUUACAUAAAGGUGGCUAAUAGGGUGCAGUUAUGAGGACAUGGCAGGUGAAUUUUGUUUUUCAGAGAAUUGAGUAUACCUGGUUUGGUUCCUGUUGAAGGAGGAAAUGAUGCUAAAUAAGUCUGGACUCUGGUGGUUUUGGUGCUCUUCAUUGGGAUCACAAGGGAGAUGUUUUGCGUGCUGCUACUUUUGAAAAUCUCUUUCUGUAUUUUGAUUAAAAAUAUUGUUUGUUUGUGUCAUUUGAUUUUGUUACUGUAACUCUUCAUCUGUGUUGGGUGCACUUUUGGAAAUCAGUAUACAAAAUUUGGCUG